AUGAAUCUCCCUUCAUCUGUUUGGCAUAUUGUGAAUCAAUUGAAAAUUGUUGGAGUUCCAAGGGUUGGGGGAAUUCUUUGGAAUAUGUUUCGUGGUUCAUUGUUAUGGGAAGUAUGGCUUGAAAGAAAUAGGACGACCUUUGAAGGUGUGGCGGUGGAUUUGGCAACCGUAGAGAACAAGAUCUUACUCAAUACAUGGAAUUGGUUUAGAAUUACUAAAGAAGGAUGGAGAACUUCAAGAAUGGAUGUAGAUGAGAAUCUUGAUCAACUAAUCUUGUUAAGAUUUAUUAAGGUGAGGCCAAGAAGCAGCAGGCAGCCUCCUUUGAGUGUUAUUAAGGUGAGGCCAAGAAGCAGCAGGCAGCCUCCUUUGAGUGUUAUUAAGGUGAGGCCAAGAAGCAGCAGGCAGCCUCCUUUGAGUGGUUGCUUUAAAUUGAAUGUUGAUGGCUCUUUUAUGGGAAAUCUAGGUAGGGUUAGGAUAGGUGGAGUAAGCAGGGACUCAAGUGGGAAUUUAGCUUUCUGUUUUGCAGGACCGUGUGGUAAUGCUACUGCGAACUAUGCUGAAAUGGCAGCGGUCCUACAAGGUAUCGAGCUAUGGAAGGAGAUGAGCUUGGGGGACUCUAAGAAUGCGAUGGACUGGUGUAACUACUUAUCUAUUACACCUUGGCGUAUGGUAUAUAUUUGGUUGCACAUUUAA